AUGACAUCAGAUAGAGAAUUUAGCUCCGCAGAGCCAACGCCCUUUCCUGGUAGUACUGGAGCCACUUCAAUGGAAGGUGAUGAGGAAGAGCCACUUAUUUUUUCGUCAGGAAUUACAACUCAUCGGAAAAGCGGCUCGAAACAAACCGAUAAUAGAGAAAGCAUGGCACCUAAUGUUGGAUAUUACGGAAGUUUUGGAGAGAGAAAUACAUUUUUAUCCUCGAGAUCGACAUCAAUUACCGAAUCAAUUGCGAAUAGCGUCAUUAGUAUAACCCAAAUGACACUUCAGCAAAUGAGAAGGCGACGAUUUCUUACAUUAGGGAUAUUUAGUUUCAUUAUUAUUGUUCUUCUGAAUGUUAUAUUUAUGCCGCGUACUUCUCUUGACAGAGACCUCAGGAGGCUCCAUGGAGAAUUUCUUACCUUUGAUGAUUGCACAAGACUAUUCCUUACACAACUAACCUUCAAGAAUUCCGUUGAAAGGUGGUUACGAUUUCAGGCCGAUGAGCUCCAUUCUGCAGGUGAUGGACAUGAUCGCACUGCGGACUUAUUCAAAAGUCUAGGAUAUAGUCCCAACAUAGAAAAAUAUGAAACAUGGCUCAAUACCCCCACUGAUGUUGCACUUGAAUUGUUUGCAUCAGACAAUAAAAGUAUGUUAUACCAGGCUAACCUAAAAGAGACUGAGUUAUUUUCAUUUCUUCCUUAUAGUGCGAACGGUGAGGUGCAGACAUCCUAUUUUUAUGCCAACUAUGGACUGGAAGAAGACUUUCAAGAAUUGUACGAUAAGGGUGUUCCAAUUUCUGGAAAGAUAGCUAUAAUUCGAAAUGGUAGACUUCAUCCAAGCUUAAAAUUACACAAUGCCGAAAAGGCAGGAGUAUCUGGUGUUAUUUUAUACUCAGAUCCUAAAGCAGAUCAUAUGCAGGAGGGCAAUAGUCCAAAGGGGUAUUUCCGGAAUCCUCAUGCAGUCACUAAGGAUACUUGCAACGGAAUUAUAUGGCAACCUGGUGAUCCGACCACUCCGGGAUGGUCUUCAACAUUAUUUUCCAGGCGUAUCAAGCCGAAUACUAUUUCGAACAUUCCUGCAAUACCUAUCAGUUGGAAGGCAUUAGCACCCAUUCUUUCUACUCUUCCCAAAAUGUUUGAGAACCCAGAUUCCAGUUUGGGAAAUGAUUCUUUCUCUGGUAAUAUCUUGCAUUUAACAAAUUCGGUCAGAUUCAAAAUAAAGCCCAUUUAUAAUGUGAUAGUGGAGAUUAAAGGUGUUAUAACUGAUGAGGAAAUCAUUAUCGGCGCUUCAGGUGAUGUUAUAGGUGGUGUUGGUGGAGCAUCAAAUGGUUUUGCAUCGCUAAUGGAGAUGGCACGGGGAUUUUCGGAAUUAAUCCGACGUGGUUGGAAACCUUUACGGACAAUAAAAUUGAUAUGUUGGGACGGUAGUAGUUUUGGACAACUAGGGUCAACUGAAUACGGUGAAUUUUAUGCCAAGAAGCUUAUAAAACAUGCUAUUGUCUACAUUAAUCUAGAUGGAGUCAAAGGAUCAACUCUUCGAAUAGAAACAUCUCCUCUCUAUGAAAAUUUUCUCAAAUCGAAAUUAAAGGAUAUACUUACAAAUGAUGAGGGAACAACGUUAUGGGACUACUAUAAACAAAUGCAUAAUUCGUCACAAUUAGAUCUUAUUUCCCAAAGGAUUGGUGAUGAAUCUGUGUUUCAAUCGCAUUUGGGUGUUCCAUCCGUUAACAUCGGAUUUGCUAACAAUCCUAAAAAGGAUCCCGUGUCCUAUACUAAUUCGAAAUACGAUUCCGUGAAUUGGAUCACUUUGUUUGAUAAAAGCUUUAAUUAUCAUAACUGGGAAGCACAAUAUGCAGGUUUGUUUGUACUACAACUUUCCGAGAAGGAGAUACUUAAUGCUGAAACUUAUCCAUAUAUUUCUUUGAUUAGAAGGAAAUUUAUGUUGCUUAAUGACGUUCCAAAUGCUUGGAAAAGUCGGCGUGUGAUGCUUGAUCCACGUCAUAGUGAUUAUGAUAAUCCAACGAUUGAGCAAGAAAUAGACAACAUAUCAGCAAAAAUAGAAAAACUCUUAUUAUUAAGCAAGGAAUUUGAUGCUAAACUUAAGAACCUACAGGAAUUAAUUCUUGAGGAUUACCCUUGGUUUAGGAUAUUUAAAAAAAUCAAGAUCGCGUUUGAGAUUAAAUUGAAGAAUACAGAAGUGAAGACAUUUGAUAAGUUAUUAGUAUCAGGCCCUGAAUUUUCUUCAGCUGAUGGCGAUGAUGGUCUCAUGAGAGGUCGAAAGUGGUUUCGACAUCUUGUUUUUGCUCCUAAUUCUACAACUGGAUACACUUUAGAGGUGCUUCCUGGAUUGAGUGAAGCCCUCAGGAAUAAUGAUUCCGCUUAUUAUGCCAAGAAUCUCUCUGCUCUGCAUCAUGCUUUAGAGUUACUUUGCAAGAAAUUGCAUUAA